AUGCCUUCAUUCUUCCAAUCCGUCUCUAAAGCGCCCCGCGGUUCUAGCUCCGUCCGCGCGCACUCCCUCCCGUUGCGCGCGACAACUCCCCUUCCGCCGCCCACGCUCUCUCCCUCCCGCCACGUUCUCUCGCUUCCCUCCUGUCGCGACAGUCCCCUCCGUCGCCCACGCUCACUCCUCCCCACCACGCACGCUCUCCCCCCAUCCAUCGCCCACGCUCACUGCCCGUACUCCGCACACGCUCACUUCCCUCCGUCGCCCAGGCUCACCCCCUGCCCCUCGCCUUCUCUCAUUCCCCUCCGUCGCCUAUGCUCCAUCCCCAUCCCUUCCCUCCCCAUCCCUCAUCUCCCCAUCCCUUCCCUCCCUAUCCCUCAUCUCCCCAUCCCUUCCCUCCCCAUCCCUCAUCUCCCCAUCCCGUCCCUCCCCAUCCCUCACCUCCCCAUCCCCGCCUCCCCAUCCCUUCCCUCUCCAUCCCUUCCCUCCCCAUCCCUCACCUCCCAGUCUCUCAACUUACCGUCCCUCUUCUCCCCAUCCCUCUUCUCCCCAUCCCUCUUCUCCCCAUCCCUUCCCUCUCCAUCCCUCACCUCACCAUUCCGUUUCAACCCAUUCCGCCCACCCCAUUCCGCCCCACCCCAUUCCGCCCCACCCCAUUCCGCCCCACCCCAUUCCGCCCCAUCCCAUUCCGCCUCACCCCAUUCCGCCCCACCCCAAUCCGCCCCACCCCAAUCCGCCCCACCCCAUUCCGCCCCACCCCAUUCCGCCCCACCCCCAUCUCCUCCUCACCCCAUCUCCUCCUCACCCCUCAUCCGUUGUGCUUUUCGGCACUAA